ACCGCCGGACCCCAGUCAUAGUGUCAUUAGUUUACGACCAGAAACGUGCGCCGACGACGCCGAAAAGGGAAAUUUACACAAUGACCGACUGCCGCCUAGACCCCGCCUACGACGACAGCUGCGACUCCGGCUACGACCUCUCCUUCAAAUCCGAAUCCUCCGAGUACUCCGAGAAGCCCGACCCCUUCUACGAGUACGACUUCCUCCAGCCCGACCACGCCCCCAACCCCUCCCUCCUCGACAAGUUCAGCACCGCCUUCCACUCCGCCCUCGAGCGCCACGAGCCCGCCGCCGACCUCUUCUACACCCUGUGCGCCUCCGAGGCCAAGACCUCCACCCCCGUCAAAGACAAGCCCAAGAAGCGCUACGUCCAGAGCCGGAGCCGCGCCUCCCGCUCCAAGAGCCCCUCCCAGAUCCUGCGCAUCAAGCGCGUGCGCCGCCUCAAGGCCAACGACAGGGAGAGGAACAGAAUGCACAUGCUGAACGAAGCUCUGGACCGUUUGCGCUGCGUGCUGCCCACCUUCCCUGAGGACACCAAGCUGACCAAGAUCGAAACGUUGCGCUUCGCGCACAACUACAUCUUCGCGCUGUCGCAGACGCUGAACGACCUGGAGCGCUGCGGGGCGCCGGGGGACUGCGUCACGGUGAACGUGGGGAACGUGGUGGUGUCGAUCAGCAAGAACGGGAAUAGUAUUUCGGCGAGGAAUAACGCGGUGGUGACGAGCGGGAGCAUAGGGAACGCGAGCUUCAUGCAGGAUUACGGGUACGAGGGGAAGGGGUGUCAGGAGGAGGGGUUCGGGGGCGGGGGGUUUGCGAGUGGGGGGUACGGGGGGAAUAAUAAUAAUUUUUACGGGGGAGAGGGGCUGAUGUAUGAGUUUUUCAGAGGCACAAAGAAACAGAGAAAUAAAGAAGCAAGGCGGAACAGAGACAGAAAACGGAGACACAAAGAAACACCGAGAGACAAAAAUGUAGACAUAGGAAUACAGAGAGAUGGCGACCCAGGGAUAGAGGCAAAGAGACACAAAAAAAAGAAGGCGAGAAAACAGAGAAACAAAAAAAUAAAAAUCAGAGAUCCAGAAACAGGGAGACAGAAAAACAGAGACACAGAAAGACUAAAAAUAGAGAAAUUUAGAGACACUGCGAAAUAA